AUGUCGCAAAAAGGCGAAAGCGCGUCGAGCACGGGGACCGGUCAAGCAGCACCCUGCAAGCAGCACAAGCCCAGUCCGUUGGAUUUGAUCAGACUGAAAACAUCCGCACUACACGCGCCUUCAACGGGGACUUCACAAGGCAAGACGCCGUUCCCUGAUGGAGGCAAAGAAGCGUGGCUCUCCGUCCUCGGCUCUUGGUUCGCUCUCGCAGCCAGCUUUGGCAUGGUCAGCUCGUUUGGCAUCUUUCAGACUUACUAUCAGAUGGAAAUACUUACUUCAUCAUGGCCGUCUCAGAUAAGCUGGAUAGGAAGUCUGCAGACUUUUCUCUUCUUUUUGCUCGGGAUGCCAGUGGGCAGGGUGUUUGACGCUUACGGCCCAAAGCGGCUCGUCUUCUGUGGCACGUUGGUGCUCUCCUUUGCUCUCAUGAUGACCAGCUUAGCGACACAACAUUGGCACUUUAUUCUUGCUCAGGGGUUUGUCGGAGGUGUAGGCUGCGCUUUGAUGUUCUAUCCCGCGCCAUCCAGCAUCGCCUCGUACUUCCUGCGUAGACGAGGUCUUGCGAUGGGGAUUGCGGUCACAGGCUCAUCAGCAGGCGGCAUCAUCUUCCCCAUCGCUCUCAACAACAUGUUCUCCAUCGACACCCUCAGCUUCGGAUGGAGUGUUCGCAUCGUAGCCUUCAUCGUACUUGCUUUUGGCCUGCUCGCCGUGCGAUUGAUGAGCUCACGAGCACUGGAGAGCAAUGGCGAGGAGAAGUGGACGGACAUUUCGGCGUUCAAAGAGGCAAAGUACUCGUUGCUAUGCUGUGGGUCGUGCCUGAUUGCGUUGGGGAUAUUCGGCCCUUACUUUUAUCUGGAGUCAUACGCCAUACAGCAGGACGUCGCCCCAAACCUUGCAUUCUACCUAAUUGCAAUUCUCAAUGCCGGCUCUCUUUUAGGCCGACUCCUUGCAGCGCCCUUGAUGGACUACAUUGGCAAUUUUAACACCCUGCUUCCGUCCACCUUGCUCAGCGGUGUCUUUUGCGUCGCUUGGUGGAUCCCCAUUUCGAGCAUGCAACCCCAGACCAAGCUUCCAUCCAUCGUCCUAUUUGCAGUCAUGUACGGGGUGGUUAGCGGUGCUUACAUGGCGUGCCUGGCGCCUUGCAUCGCUGCCAUCAGUCCGAUAGAGCAGAUUGGCGCCAGGAUUGGGAUGAUCUAUAGUCUUAUUUCAUUGCCUGCCUUGCUUUCCAACCCAAUCUCUGGCGCAUUCUUGUCCAGCCCUUCCGAUAACACGUAUCACCAUCUCAUGGCUUGGGCAGGCGUCACGCAGAUCGUCGGAGUCAUUUUUGUCAGCGCGACACGACUCUUGAUCAGUCGGUCAUUGCAUGCAAAGGUUUAG